CCAUUUUCUUUUGUGUUCCAGUCAUGUGACUGCUGCCUGUGAGGCAGCAGGGAUGAUGGGAGAACGGAGGAGAGAGGGAGGGAGAGACACCACCCAACUGUCUGUGACCAAAAACACCAGCAGCAGCAAGAAAGAAGGAGAAGAAUGAGUCGCGAGGAUACUGAACUGCCUGUUGACAAAAACAGAUGUCAAAUUGCUCCUGACGUGUGCAUUAUGGGAAAAAUAAAAGCCCACCUGAGAAGCAGCAUGGUCGACAAAAGUAUUUACAUCAUCCAGGAAGAAAUCAGCAUCGUUGUUGGAGCCAUCAAGAGGAAUUCCAGAUGGAACACUCAUACCCCUCUGGAUGAAGAACAGGACCCACUGCUGAACAGUUUCAGACAACUGAAGGAAAUUCUUAACAGCAUUAAAGAACUUUCAGAUGUUGAACCCAAUAUUUUCCUCAGACCCUUCCUGGAAGUUGUACGCUCGGAAGACACAACUGGACCAAUCACAGGCCUCGCCCUUACUUCUGUCAAUAACGUCCUCUCCUACGGCCUCAUUGAUGCUAAUCAUGAAGCUGCAGCAGACGCCAUUGAGAACAUGGCUGAUGCCGUCACACACGCCCGGUUUGUGGGAACAGACCCUGCCAGUGAUGAAGUUGUUCUGAUGAAGAUUCUGCAGGUCUUGAGGACUCUGUUGUUGACUCCAGUUGGAGCCCACCUGACCAAUGAAUCUGUCUGUGAGAUCAUGCAGUCCUGCUUCAGGAUUUGCUUUGAGAUGCGUCUGAGUGAACUCCUCAGGACGUCAGCUGAACACACACUGGUCGACAUGGUGCAGUUACUCUUCUCCAGGCUCCCACAGUUCAAAGAAGAGGCCAAGAGUUACAUUGGUGCCAACAUGAAGAAGCUUAAGAUGCGUGCUGGUGGAAUGAGCGAGUCGUCCAAAUGGAAAAAACAGAAGCGGUCGCCAAGACCACCUCGUCACAUGGUGCGAAGUCCCUCAGGACAGAUGGAGCCCGCCCAAUCCAGCACGCUCAGCAACAAUAUCUCAGGUGGCGUUCCUUUUGUUGAGCCUUGUCUGACCAAUUCCAGUUUACCAUCAGCGAGUGCUGGGUCGUCCAUCUCCAGUCCCACCACCACAGACAGUGGCCUGGACACCUGUUCUAAAGCCACGUCCAGGGAAGACCUGUCUGACCUGGAACAGUGUGGCCCAGCGGCCAACACACUUCCUGCUGCUGAACUCAGCGCUCCAGAUGCCCAGUGUGAGGUCAGGCAGGUGGAACCCACCCAGUCCAUCUCUGUGGAGUCCAUUCCUGAAGUUCUCGAGGACAAAGACUCGGUCACAGAGCAGUCGGACAGCGGUGCCUCUGUUCCUGACAUUGACUACGUCAACCCCCGAGGAGUUCGUUUCACUCAGUCCACACAGAGAGAUGGAGCGUCCCUCAUCCCCUACGGCCUCCCGUGUCUCAGAGAGCUUUUCCGUUUCCUCAUUUCGCUGACCAACCCUCACGACCGGCACAACACCGACGCCAUGAUCCACGUGGGUCUGCAGCUGCUGACUGUUGCUCUGAAGUCUGCUCACAUCAUCGCUAACUACCAGUCUUUACUGGUUCUGGUUAAAGAUGAGCUCUGCAGGCAUCUGUUCCAGUUGCUGAAUGUGGAGCGUAUGAACCUCUACGCCUCCUCAAUACGAGUUUGCUUCCUGCUUUUUGAAAGUACGAGAGUUCAUUUGAAGUUUCAGCUUGAGAUGUACCUGAAGAAGCUGAUGGACAUCAUCACAUCAGAGAACGUGAAGAUGCCGUAUGAGAUGAAGGAGUUGGCGCUGGAGGCUCUGGUGCAGCUGUGGAGGAUUCCCAGCUUCGUCACCGAGCUCUACAUCAACUACGACUGUGAUUUUUACUGCUCCAACCUCUUUGAAGACCUCACCAAAAUAUUGUCUAAGAAUGCCUUCCCAGUGUCGGGGCAGCUCUACACCACCCACCUCCUGUCACUUGAGGCGCUGCUAACUGUGAUCGACAGCACUGAAGCCAACUGUCAGGCCAAAGUGAUCAACAGUUCCACUCAACAAGAACCAUCAGCAGCAGUGAGGCUGGAGGGAGGAAAUUCAGACAAGAGUGGAGCAGACGCCAGCGCUGAUCUGCACGGACUAACCACAACCAAUGGUGUGAUAGUUCCACCAACUGAAGACGGACCAGUUUGUCCACCAACCAGUGGACAUCUGAUGGCAGAGAAGAUGAAACUGGGCAGACAGGACCAAGAAGACACCGAUUCUGCUGAGAAGAGAGUUCCAAAGAAACCCCAACGAUUCUCCUCGUGUUUCCCUGACUCCCAGGAGUUGUUAGGAAUAAGAACAAAGAAAAAGCUGUUGAUAACUGGCACUGAACAAUUUAAUCAAAAACCGAAGAAGGGAAUCCAGUUCCUGCAGGAACAAGGUCUCCUCUCAAACCCCAUGGAUAACAACCAGGUGGCUCAGUGGCUCAGAGAAAACCCACGACUGGACAAGAAGAUGAUCGGAGAGUUCAUCAGCGAUCGCAAAAAUAUGGAGCUUCUGGACAGUUUUGUCAACACAUUCACCUUCCAGGGUCUUCGUAUCGAUGAGGCCCUGCGUCUUUACCUGGAAGCCUUCAGACUUCCCGGCGAAGCUCCCGUCAUCCAGAGGCUCCUGGAAACUUUCACUGACAACUGGCAUAAAGUCAACGGCUCCCCCUUCAUGACCAACGAUGCAGGCUUUGCUCUGGCCUACGCUGUGAUCAUGCUGAACACUGACCAACACAACCACAAUGUCCGCAAGCAAAACAUCCCCAUGACUGUGGAGCAAUUCAAGAAAAACCUGAAGGGAGUGAAUGGAAACAAAGACUUUGACCAGGACAUGUUGGAGGACAUUUACAACGCCAUCAAAAAUGAAGAAAUUGUGAUGCCAGAUGAACAGACGGGUUUAGUGAAGGAGAACUACGUGUGGAGCGUGCUGCUGCACCGUGGUGCCACACCUGAGGGCUGUUUUCUACACCUGCCCGCCGGCAGCUACGACAACGACCUGUUCACCAUGACCUGGGGUCCCACCAUCGCCGCCCUCUCCUACGUCUUUGACAAAAGCCUGGACGACAACAUCAUUCAGAAGGCCAUCACAGGCUUCAGAAAGUGUGCAAUGGUCGCAGCUCACUACGGCUUCAGCAAUGUUUUUGACAACCUGAUAAUAUCCCUGUGCAAGUUCACUACACUGAGCAGUGAGUCAGUAGAAAACCUGCCGACUGUCUUCGGCGGUAACGCCAAAGCACAGACAGCAGCUAAGACUGUGUUCGACCUGGCUCAUCGCCACGGCAACAUACUGAGAGAAGGCUGGAAGAACAUCAUGGAGUCAAUGCUGCAGCUGUUCCGAGCUGAACUGCUGCCCAAAGCCAUGGUCGAGGUGGAGGACUUUUUGGAGCCAAAUGGGAAAAUUUCUCUUCAGCGAGAGGAGACACCAUCAAAUCGUGGCGAGUCUGCGGUGCUGAGUUUCGUGAACUGGCUGACACUGAGUGGAGCCGAGCAGUCAGGACUCAGAGGACCGUCCACAGAAAACCAGGAGGCAAAACAGGCGGCCAUCGUCUGUAUAAAGCAAUGUGACCCAGAGAAACUCAUCACUGAGAGUAAGUUCCUGCAGCUGGAGUCCCUGCAGGAACUGAUGAAGGCUCUGAUCUCUGUGACUCCUGAUGAAGAGACGUACGACGAAGAAGACGCCGCCUUCUGCCUGGAGAUGCUGCUGCGCAUCGUUUUAGAGAACAGGGACCGCGUGUCGUGUGUGUGGCAGACUGUGCGUGACCACCUGUACCACCUUUGUGUCCAUGCCAACGAGAGCUGCUUCCUGGUGGAGAGAGCAGUGGUUGGUCUGCUGAGACUUGCCAUCAGACUUCUGAGGAGAGAAGACAUUACCUGACAGGUCCUGCACUCCCUGCGUCUCCUGCUGAUGAUGAAGCCUCCCGUCUUGUCCCGGGUGAGCAGAGAAGUGGCCUACGGCCUCCACGAGCUGCUGAAGACCAACGCAGCCAACAUCCACUGCACUGACCACUGGUUCACGCUCUUCUCUCUGCUGGAGUGCAUCGGAGCCGGAGUCAAACCUCCGUCCUCUUUUCAGAUUCCCUCCACCACGGCAGACAACGACACAGGAGCUCAGUCAGACAGCGAGCUGUCGUCUCAUCAUAACAGUGAAACUCAUUUAGAGCGCGGCUACACGUCUGACUCAGAGGUUUACACCGAGCACAGCAAGAGCAGAAUGAUCCGCUCCACCACUGAUGUGGACGUGGCCAACAGUGGAUGGUUGGUGGUGGGUAAGGACGACCUGGACUUGUCCAGAGCUGCUGCGGUCGGCUCCAAGGCUCAGCUGAAUUAUCCUCUGGUGAACCAGUACAGUCUGACCCUGGGUCAGGACCUGGGUCACCACGACACCAAGUCUCUGAUUAAGUGUGUGGAAACGCUGUCCUUCAUCGUCCGGGACGCCGCCCACGUCACCCCAGAGAAUUUUGAACUGUGCGUGCGAGCGAUACGAGUGUUUGUGGAGGCUAGCCUCAACGGAGGUUACCGUAACCACGACAAAAAGAAGGGCCACAAAUAUGACUCAAAAUCACGCAUGAGGAGAAAGGCUGGGGCCCGGGACAAAGAGGGCGGGGCUGGAAACAAACGAGGUGGAGGCCGGGCUUCAAACCAGCGACUGUCACGUUCCCACAGCGACGAGGAGGAAGACGAGGGCGUCCCGGCCAGUUACCACACUGUGUCAUUACAGCUUUUAGACCUGAUGCACACACUUCACACUCGUGCUGCCAGCAUUUACAACUCUUGGGCAGAGGAGCAGCGCCACCUGCAGGCCGGAGGCAGGAAGAUCGAGGCUGACGCUCGGACUCUAUGGAGCAGCUGUUGGUGUCCACUGCUGCAAGGAAUCGCGUGGCUUUGCUGUGACGCCAGGAGACAGGUUCGCAUGCAGGCCCUCACCUACCUCCAGAGGGCGCUGCUCGUUCACGAUCUGCAGACCUUGGAUGCGGCAGAGUGGGAGUCCUGCUUCAACAAGGUUCUAUUCCCUCUGCUUACAAAGCUUCUUGACAACAUCAGUCCAGCAGAUGUCGGAGGAAUGGAAGAGACAAGAAUGAGAGGCUGCACCCUGCUGUCCAAGGUCUUCCUCCAGCAUCUGUCUCCUCUGCUGUCACUGCCCACAUUUGCUGCUCUCUGGUUGACCAUCCUGGACUUCAUGGACAAGUACAUGCACGCAGGCUCCAGUGAUCUGCUGCUCGAAGCCAUCCCUGAGUCUCUGAAGAACAUGCUGCUGGUCAUGGACACAGCUGGGAUCUUUCACAGCGCCGACUCCAAGACGGGAUACUCGGACCUCUGGGAAAUCACCUGGGAACGAAUCGUCUGCUUCCUGCCUCACCUGCGGGAGGAGCUCUUCAAACAGACCGUUAUUCCAGAACCACUUCCUGUUCCUGCAGCUGAAACCCUGCAGCAGCAACAGUCACCACCUCCAUCUGCUCGUCCACCCUCUCCUCAGGCGUCUCCAUCCCCUCCCUCACCCCUCCCUGUCCCAGCAUCCCUCGCUGCUGAGACAAAGACUCCCAGUAGACCAGCAUCACCACAAGAGCCUCAAACCAGCAACAGGACAGGAUCACCAGAGCGCCACUCACCUGUCCCGCCCACUGUCCCCUCCAUGACAGUGCCACUGACCUCACCCCCGUCCCCUGCCCAGCCCCCACUCAUCUUGCAGCCGCUCGCUUCACCCCUGCAGGUGGGAGUCCCGCCCAUGUCCCUACCAAUCAUCCUGAACCCCGCCCUAAUCGAAGCCACAUCCCCGGUCCCUCUGCUGCCUGGACCCAGACCCACCAGCCCCACCGACGAGGUCAAGUAACACUGUCGCCCCCCCACACCCCCACCCCCUCACCCUGAGCUGUGGACGUCCUGGAGUCCAGUUCCUGGGAUACAAAAAAAAACCAUGACUGUCUGCAAAGAAAAGGGAGAAAAUGAAAUGUUUAGCCCUAAAUGAAAGAGUCAGUUUAGUUUAAAGUUUAGUUUUUUUUAUUUGGCUUGUUUAAUUAAUCUGUUCUAACUUUCUGUUUAGAACAAAAUGAGGAGGUAAUUAAAAAUAUCAUGAAAUUCAGACCAUUUUUAUGUAGUGACUUGUUAGAAAUGUUGUUUGUAAUGUUUCUGAACUUCGGAGAUGAAGGAAACUUUAAACACUACAGUCAGGUGUUUUAUCUCUGCUAAAAUCAACCGUUUUCUUUAUGGACCUCUGAAUGGGACAGUGACUGCUUUACAAACUGCACUUUCCGGAUGGAAAAGUCUGUCAACAGUGAAAUAAAGCAGUAAAUAUGUUGUUAAGAAAUUAAAACUAUUGGAGCUGAUUUAUCAACAACUGUUGAAGAGGCAGAACUGUCCCUUUAAACGCUCUCUCUAACAGAGCCUCCAGUCCAUGUCCCUGCAGUCACUCCUGGUUAGAGUUAACACUUUGAGCUGUUGCAGUUAUUUUGGUGAAAUGCACGCACACACACAAACACACCAUGUGUUUUUUGCCAAAUGUGUGUGUGGACAGAAACACACUCUUCUCUCUAACUCUGCUGUUUCACCUCCAUCUUAUUUAUUAACUGUAGGAAAGGUGUGUGUGUGUGUGCGUGUGUGUCAGUCAGUCACUGCAGCAUCACAGUAAGAAACCACAGAACUGUGAUGUGGUUCUGGUUUUAGAACUCAUCUGAUUCUUGAACAGGAAAUGGCAUGAAUAUAAUAAUGGCUGUAAAUAUAUACAUAUAUAUAAAUAUAUAUAAAUGAUGGAAAUGUUCUUUUUAUUAUGUAAUAAAAGUGUAAAUGAAGUCAA